CUAGAGGGCUUGUCCUAGACAGUGCUCACUGGUAGGGCACUGGUCAGGAAGGGAGAGGGCUGGAGGAGACAGGGGGACAGGGUCAGAGGGCCUGACUUCCUGAGGGUGGAUGUUGUAAUCCUGGUUUAUAGACUUUGGGCUUCAAUCCCUCCUGUUGCUUGUGGUAUUUCUGUCCCUUCAUUUUCUAGUACACACACAGACUCUGUCUCACUGAAUAGGACUGUGGCAGGGAAGAGCAGGAGGGCUGAAAGUGAGAGUUCAGUGAACGUUUCUCUUCCAGGUCUGGAGCAACUCACUUUUCUAGGGCUUGUUGGCACUGCUGGAGCGGAGCCAAGCUGAGGGACCAGCUGUCAAGAGCACCUUCAUCUUGCAACAGCUGCUAGUGGACUGGGGCCCGGGGACCAUAAGGCUCUGCCUCUCACAGUACUGCCUCACCCCACAGGACCUCCCCAGCCAGUAUGGACAGAAAAGUGGCAGUCCACGGAGAUGGAUGUCCUGUGGUUUCCUGGGUCCCUGAGGAGGGAGAGACAGUGGACCAGGAAGGCGAGGACCAGGUGAAGGAGCGGGGCCAAUGGACCAACAAGAUGGAGUUUGUGCUGUCAGUGGCUGGGGAGAUCAUUGGGCUAGGCAAUGUCUGGAGGUUUCCCUAUCUCUGCUACAAGAAUGGAGGUGGAGCAUUCUUCAUCCCCUACUUCAUCUUCUUCUUCAUCUGUGGCAUCCCCGUGUUCUUCCUAGAGGUAGCACUGGGCCAGUACAGCAGCCAAGGAAGCGUCACUGCUUGGAGGAAGAUCUGUCCCCUCCUCCAGGGCAUUGGCCUGGCGUCUAUGGUCAUUGAGUCCUACUUGAACAUCUACUACAUCAUCAUCCUUGCCUGGGCUCUCUUCUACCUAUUCAGCUCCUUCACCUCGGAGCUGCCCUGGACAACCUGCAGUAACUCCUGGAACACAGAGCAUUGCAUGGACUUUCAGAACCACUCAACAGCCAGCACUCUGAGGCAUUCUGAGAACUUCACAUCACCUGUCAUAGAAUUCUGGGAGAGACGGGUUCUGAGCAUUACAUCGGGCAUCCAUAACCUGGGGGCCCUGCGCUGGGAACUGGCCUUGUGCCUCCUGCUCAUCUGGAUCGUUUGCUACUUCUGCAUCUGGAAAGGGGUCAAGUCUACAGGCAAGGUUGUUUAUUUCACAGCCACCUUUCCCUACCUGAUGCUCGUCAUUCUCCUGAUCCGGGGUGUCACUCUUCCUGGAGCCUAUCAGGGCAUCAUCUUCUACCUGAAGCCAGACUUGCUCCGACUCAAGGACCCCCAGGUGUGGAUGGACGCAGGCACCCAGAUCUUCUUCUCCUUCGCCAUCUGCCAGGGGUGCCUGACGGCCCUAGGCAGCUACAACCAAUACCACAACAACUGCUACAGGGACUCCAUCGCCCUCUGCUUCCUGAACAGUGCUACCAGCUUUGUGGCUGGGUUUGUUGUUUUCUCCAUCCUGGGCUUCAUGUCCCAAGAGCAAGGAGUGCCCAUUUCAGAAGUGGCUGAGUCAGGUCCUGGGCUGGCCUUCAUUGCCUUCCCGAAAGCUGUGACGAUGAUGCCUUUGUCCCAACUGUGGUCCUGUCUUUUCUUCAUAACGCUCAUAUUUCUAGGGCUGGACAGCCAGUUCGUCUGUAUGGAGUGCCUGGUGACAGCCUCCAUGGACAUGUUCCCUCGUCAGCUUCGGAAGAGUGGACGGCGCGAGCUGCUGAUCCUGGCUAUUGCGGCUGUGUGUUACCUGAUAGGACUCCUUCUGGUUACUGAGGGUGGGAUGUACAUCUUCCAGCUCUUUGACUACUAUGCCUCCAGCGGCAUAUGUCUGCUGUUCCUUUCCCUGUUUGAGGUGAUCUGCAUCGGCUGGGUAUAUGGGGCAGACCGUUUCUAUGACAACGUUGAGGACAUGAUUGGCUACCGGCCCUGGCCCCUGGUGAAGAUCUCCUGGCUCUUCCUGACCCCUGGGCUUUGCCUGGCCACCUUCAUAUUCUCCUUGAGCAAGUACACACCUCUCAAAUACAACAACGUCUAUGUGUACCCUUCCUGGGGGUACUCCAUUGGCUGGUUCUUGGCUUUUUCCUCCAUGGUUUGUGUUCCACUCUUCAUCAUCAUCACACUCCUGCAAACCCAAGGUUCCUUCAAGAAGCGUCUUCGAAGACUCAUCACACCAGACCCCAGCCUGCCCCAGCCAGGGCAGCGUCCAACUCUGGAUGGCACCACUGGUCAAGGCUGCAAGCCCUCUCCAAUGCAAGGACUCAUUGUUUGGGAGAAGGAGACACACUUGUGAGAAGUACCAGAGGCCAAAUAGCUCCACAACCAGGAUCCUGGUCAGCUCUACCUCCUCCAAGAAUGGCCUCUGCUUCCAUCCUACUGAGACUUUGGGGGGACCCUGGACACCUCUGUUGGGGGUCACUCUCCUGUUCAGCUGGAGCAGCUUCUUUGUCACACCCUGGCCCCCCCAGUCCUUUCCAGCUGUGCUCCAGGAAGCUGUGUUUGCCACCUGCUUUUAACUCUGGAUUAGAAAACUGAGGAGCAGACAGGCAAAGUGAUGUUUUUAAGUUCACACAGCUUCUCAGAGCCCAAGACCCUCCUUGGACUUGGUAUCCUUGUGCUCAAGCCUGUGAGCCUCCUGUCAUAUCCCUUUCUUAGUUAACAAGCACAUUGGACCACCUGACACCACGCCUUUUCCUUGCCUCACCCCACAUCAGUUGUCUUGGGUGGGAGGGAGGUCACUUCUUCAGAGGCUCUCAGAGACUGGGGCCUACCUUGUUAAGUUCCUUGGCCUGUACCCGCUAGAUUUUCCCUGGAAGCCUUCUACCUUCUCUCCCUGGGUGGUGGGUCUCCCAGUGAGAGGGUCAGUAGGCAGGUGCUCUUCUGUGAGCACGAACCCCCACCCCAUGCACACUUCCCUCUCUCUUUUCCCUUCUUUCUUCAGAUCCCUUCCUAAUGCCCAUACCCCCCUCCCCAACUUGCCAAAUCAUAUAAGAAUACAGUCUGUCAUUUGAUGCUU